AUGGGUGUGGAUCUGAUGCAGCCAAGUCUAGUGUCACCUCUCAUAUUGACUGGAAAGCAAAUUUUACAAGAACUGUGUAAGAAUGUAGUUGAAUGGGAUGAUGAGGUGCCAGAUUAUGUCAAACCUAAAUGGAUAAAAUGGAAAGAUGAGCUGCACAAACUAGACCAGCUAAAGAUGCCUAGAUGUUACAAACCUGAUGACUUUGGGGAAGUAGAAAAGGUUGAGCUCCAUCACUUUUCAGAUGCCUGCCAAGAGGGAUAUGUUCCCAAACUAGAACUAGCAGCAGCAGUGGUGUCAGUUAGAAUCCAUAAACUCCUAAAGGGAGAGCUUGAGUAUAAUAAUGUUGAAAAAAUCAGUGGAAAUUUCUACAGACAGUAUAACCCAGCAGAUCAUGCAUCUAGAGGCAUGACAGCAGAUAAAUUGUGUAAUAGCAAGAUCUGGUGGAGCAGCCCAGAAUUCCUUUGGCGACAGAAUGAAAUGGAUAGCCAUCCUCAGUACAAGGUCAUAAAUGAAAAUGACCCUGAAGUGAAGAAAGUUGUAUGCCAUGCUGAUGAAGAAGGCCUGUAA